CCCCGAACGCCUUCUUCCUCCACCAUCCUACCAGUAUGGCGGACGAGCUCCACGACGACCUCAUGGAUUUGAUACUCGUCCGCGUCCCGUGCAAGGUCGACCGCGCCAGCAUCUCCCUCGUCUGCAGGGCGUGGAGAGACAAGGUCGCCCGCCUCGGGGGCCAGGCCCCGCCCCCGCUCCCGUGGCUCCUCCUCCCCUCGCGCUUCGGCAACGACCCCACCUUCCGCGCCGCUUGCGUUCUCAGCGGCUGCUCCGUCCACCCCCAGCACAACCUCCUCACCACCAUCCCGCCCGGCGCGCGCUUCGUCGGCUCCUACGACGGCGCCUGGAACUUCCUCUACUUCGAUGAGACGCGCACGCACAGGCUCUUCAACGCCCGCACACGCCAAGUCCGCAUGCUCCCGGAAGCGAUCUAUGUCAAUCGCGACGGACACCAGAGUAUCUGCAAUAUGGUCAUCCUCGCCGCCACGCUCUCGUCAUCGCCGGACGACUCGAUGUACGUCGGCGCUGCCAUCAUCACGCGGGCUCAAGGCCCACACGAGGUGUUGCAGCCCUACAAUCGCUGGAUUGCGUUCUGGCGAAUGGGCUGGGAAAUGGCUCUGGGACUGGACGUGGUGGAUAUGGGUAUGUACCUUACGGAGGACGUUGUCUACCACUGCAGGGCAUUCUAUUUUCUGCUCAUCUAUGGCGGAAGAUACGAAAUCCUCGUGUGUACGCCAAACGAGAAUCCAGAAUAUCCUAGGAACUUGAACAUAAAUGUUGAGUUUCGCCGCUUCAUGCCGCUGGCGCUUGGAGAGCGCAUCUCGCCGCUUCAUAGCGUUAUCGCUCGAUACCUCGUCAUGUCCCGUGGCGAACUGCUCAUGGUCGUCAGGUUCACGGCUGUUGCUGAUCAGCAGAGGUCCCAGUUCAAGGUGUUCCGGGCGGCUAGUCGGCCGCAGAUGCCUGACGGCGGCGGACACUUCCCCGUGGCUCAGUACCCCUGGGCAUGGAGCGACCUGGACACGCUGGAUGGCCGGAUUCUGUUCGUCGGGUAUGGCUGCUCCAGGUCCUACCAAGCGGAUGCGUACCUAGGCUUCAAGCCCGGCAUCUACUUCUUGGAUGAUGGCAUGUUCUACGAGGCACUCUACUUCGGCGGCGCCAACACCAGGCCGUACCCCUGCACGGACAAUGGGAUGUGGUCCGAAUCCGAAGUCCGUAUCCAGAGGUGCUUCCCAACUCCAGACUCAUCGGAAUACUCUCCUCCGGUUUGGCUUCUUCCUUGAGGCUACAGGUUUAUUUUCAUGUGCUACCGUGUUAAUUGACAUUCCAAUCUUUUAGGUAGAUGCUGGUCGCAAUAUUCAGAGUGAGACAGCUAGUUGCUGAUUGCAAUAUUCAGAGUCAGUUUCCAAUGUUCUCUGACUUCUGUCAAUGUAGAACAAACAAUAGUUGCUGUUCAUGGCAGCUUAGAACAAACAAUGAUUCCAAUCUUUUAGCUAGUUGCUGAUUGCAAUAUUAUUCAGAGUUAGUAGCUGUCGAAAGCAUAUGCAGUGUUUCCAUUGCUGAAACAUAGCCAUUGAAGGUUUACUUUAGUCAUUCAAAGUUU